AUGGCGACCCCCAAAUACGCCAACAAGCUCGCCAACACCACCGUCCUGAUCAUCGGAGGCACAUCAGGGCUCGGCUUCGGUCUGGCAGAGGCCCUGUUGGAGCACAACGUCGCCCACCUCUACCUCUCCUCGUCGCGGCAGCAGAGGGUCGACUCGGCCGUGUUGCGCCUCCAGUCCGCGUACCCAGACUCCAAAGCCACCAUCACGGGCCUGGCGUGCAAUCUCGGCGACGAGUCCACGCUGGAAGCCAACAUCAAGACCCUGUUCUCAAAGAUCGGCCGCAAACUCGACCAUGUGGUCUUCUCGGCUGGUGACCCGCUCGCGGCCAAACCCCUCGCAGAAGUCGACUUGCCGUUCAUGAAGCAAGCUGGCAUGGUCCGAUUCUUUGCGCCCUUCUUCGUUGCAAAGGAGGCCAUCACUUACCUCAACUCAGGCCCGGCGAGCUCCAUCACCUUGACCACGGGCUCGGUCUCGGAGAAACCGCUGCCCAAUUGGGCCGUGGUGGCAUCCUACGCCAGUGGCCUGCACGGCAUGACCCGCGGUCUUGCUCUCGAGCUAAAACCCGUGCGUGUCAACUUAAUCUCGCCCGGCGUCGUGGACACGGAGCUCUGGGAAGCCAGUCUGGGCGACAAGGCCAAAGUCAAGGCCACGCUAGAGCGUUCGAAAGCCUAUGUCGCCACAGGUGAGGUUGGCCAGGUCGAGGAUGUAGUGGAGUCGUUCCUGUACGUGCUGAAGGACAAGAACGUUACGGGCACGUGUAUCAGGACAGAUGGCGGUAUCUUCCUCCUAUGA